CAAAGCAGAAUAGAGUGGGGGGGGGGCGACUUCUCUUGAUCAGAACAGUAUCCUCCUGUUGAUGCAGCCUAGAAUAACAUUAACUUUUAUUCCUGCAGUAUCAGGCUGUUGACACAUGUUGAGCAGUCUACUAAGGCACCUAGAUACUUUUCACAUGUACUACUGGCAAGCCAGGUGUCCUCCAUUUUAUAUUUUUUGCAGCUGCUUGUUCUUGCCCAAGUGUAGAACCUGACAUUUGUCCCUAUUCAAAUCAAUUUUGUUAGUUUGCUAUGGUCAUCUUGAAUCCUGAUUCUGUCUUCAGCGGCAUGGCUACCUGUCCCAGUUUGGCGUCAUCGGCAGAUUUGAUUACCAUCCUCUCAAUACCUUCAUCCAAGUCAUUUACUGUAUAAAGAUGUUGAACAACAAUUAUUGUGCUUGAGUUCCCUAAAUCUAUAUUCCUUCCUUCUCAGACUUGGAAAAAAAAUAUAUUCUUGGGCUCAGAAGCAAGUUGAAUUCAAGUGACCACUAGCCGUAUCUAAAUAUAUAUGUAUGUGUGUGUGUUCACUUAUCUGAUAAUAACAGAAGGCUGCAUUUCCUUCUGAAAGACCCUCUUUCCCCUACUCACAAGCCUGCUGUUGUAUAUGUGCUCCAUCUCAGCCUCUGCUGGUCUGCCCUGUUCUGCCUCUGAAACAUUCAACCCUCUUACAUUACAAGGAAUUCCAUCGCCUAGCAACUGGGCUCUGGAAGCAUUCCCAUGGCAACUGCAUCCCUGGCAGUUGGCUACCAAUUGAAGGAGCAUCUUGGUUGCAUCCUACCCCCACAGGACAGGGCUUGAAAGGGAAGGAAGGGGCUGAUGAUCCAAAAUGGAAGAGAGCUGUCGCACCCCCAGGAACAGCCCUCCUCAGGACGAUAAAGCUGCCCCAACUGGCUUUGCACCCAGAAUAUCGGAGGCCAUGGCUGAGUACUUGGUGAACACUGUGGCCGGCACUGCCAAAAUGGUCCAGGCUUCUGUGGAAGCGCAAAAGUCUGCUCAGCUCGCUUGUUUCCAUGCAGAACAGUCCCUGGCCCAGGCCCGGCUGAGCUACAUGGCAGCCCGGGGGUUGGCUGAGCGACUUUUGGGGUUCCUGAACCCCCCUGACUACCAAGGGCUCUUCCAGCUCCUGACAGAGCCCCCGUUACCCUAUUCUGAAUUCUGCACCAUCAUCCGACGUACAGAAAAUGCACUCCUGCACCCUGUUCUGAAGUGCAAGCCAGGAUUCCCAGCCAGAAGAGAACCCAGCCCAGGCUCUGAAUUCACCUGUCCACCAGACCUUAGCGAUGAUGGCCUUCAAGGAGGGGGUCAUGACUUCCGGUGCUUCAUAUCCUCUUGUGCCUGUGAAAGACAGGAUGUGGACUGCACAGAGGAAGAGGAGGGUCUGUCUCUGCAGAUUCGAGGGCGAAACCCCUCACGCCAUAAGCAAGUGGAGACUGUGCUUCUGGAAGAUCAGAUGGGGUAUGUGACCCAGCGCCGGCCCCGAAGGUCCCCCUCGGCUGGCGUGGAGGGGCUUUCUCCCCUAGUAUCUGAGCAGGACCUCAACACCAUUCAGCCCCUGAUCUGCUGCCCGUCCCGCCAGGGUGGGCCAGGCAAGUUCCUGAGCAAAGUGUCUCGGCGCAAGGAUCCGCCUCAGCCAGAGAAUUCGGACAGCGACACCGACCAGCCAGAGGCUUUGUCUGAGGACACCUGAUCAACCUGGCUCCAGACCCACUGUAUUCACAAGAGAGAAUAAUAAACACUCCGCUUGAACCCCUCUCCCAUUUCCCCCCAGGAUCUGGAGGGGGAAAGGACAAUGCAUCUCUCGCCCAUUCCAUCAGAGAGAGCCAAAAUGGCACCCUCCCGAUUUUGGUCAGCUAUGGUUCCCACCAUCCCUGGCCAUUGGCCAUGCUGGCUGGGGCUGUUAGGAGUUAUAAUCUGAAGGGCACCAGGUUGGCUAUCCUUGCAAUAAUCACAGCAAGCAGAAUUGGGAAGGGGAGGAAAGCUGCAAAGCAUGCUGGGUUAAUUGACAUAAGAUGCAUUCUGGGUAAACAUCAGGUUCUGUCCAUGAAGGGAUUGAAGAACCACUCAAAGCAGCUGGCACUGCCACCUCUUCCAAAAUAUAUUUGAAUAAAAUGCAAAUGAACAAACAAGUGAAAACCCUGACCAUUGCAUAUACAUGAGUGAAUUCAUAUACUGUACAGCCUGCAUAUCUGUUCACAGAUUAGCAAAGAAGAGGUGGUGUGGUGUAAUGGACUGAGUGCUGGACUUGGCCAA